CAACUCUCCACUUUCUCUGAUAAAUCAGUGAUUAAGAAAAAAUCCCAAAACAAAAAAUCAGAUAAAAUAAAUGGUAUGUGAUUUGCUGAAUCGAGAGUUAGGGUUGGGGAUAAUCACAAGGUCAUUGGUGAGAUUUCUUGAUCGUACGGUGUGCAGAGCCAUGGGAUGUUUCUUCGGAUGUUUUCGCGACAGAGACGAUCGCUCCCGCCCUCACAUCGUCUCCUCUUCCAAAUCCACCGAGCGUGCAGUUUCUCGAAAUCGAUUAUCAUCUCUCUUUCUUGACGAAGAGAAAGGAGAUUAUCCGUCCAAUGAUUUGGAGUCUCCAAAAAUCGAUAAAGGUCUCAAGGAUGAGGCAAAAUUCCUUAAAGCUUGUGGCACAAUACCUGAGACUCCAGCUGAAAUUCGCAAAGCGUCUCAGAAGUUUAAACAAUCCCCGCCUUGUGCUGGAGAUUCAGAGACUUCCAAAUUUCGUUCUUGGCUUCCAAACACAUCCAUUGAUAAGUUUCAGGAUAAGCAAUCUGAUCAGCCCCCUACUCCUAUCAAGCUUUUCGAGGCAUUGGAGAGGAGGUCUGAUUCUCCAGAAAAUACACCUAUCAGCUGUGUAUCGAAUGCUGCAAACACUGGGAGGCUCUCUAUGGGUUCUACCGUAGGUAGUGAGUUGAUGAGUGUUGAUAAAACAGUCAAGAUUGAUAUUGUUUCAACUUCCGCUUAUGGAAGGAACAAGUCCGUGCGCUUUGAAUGUGAAUCUGAUGCAUCUUCUUCCAAGUCUGAAAAUGGUGGUCAAAAUCCACAGAAACUUGAAUUACUAGGUUAUCAAAGUGCAUCCAAGCCCUCGCCAUAUCCAACCCCAUUAAAGCUUUCUGAUGAAAUGCAAACCCCUGGAACUGUUUUUCCCUCAAAUCUAGAAACCUUGGGAAAUGGGAAGACUAGGAUCAGGUCUCAAUACGUUCAUUCGGUUUUGAAUCCAGUCGGAAAUGCCUCUAUGUUGAAUGCAAUGAAGGAAGAACCAUUUAGCUCCAAACAGAUGUUCAGUGAUCUGAAAGAAUGUCCUGAACAACCAGAAAAUGCCACGCCCGAGCUGGAAGUGGGAGUGAAACAAACUUCUUUUGUGAAAGAGUCAGAGGAGGAAGGAAGCUUGUCUUCUUGGCUGAAGCCGAAACAGUAUAACAUCGAUGAUCGUUAUAAAAAUUUUCAGGCUACUUCUACCCAAAAACCUCAUUUUGGUAGAACCCUUGGGGACAGGCCCAUCAUUGGUAUGGUUGCUGCUCACUGGAAUGAGGAUGAGUCUUCCCAUAUCUCGCCCAAGUGGUGGGAUGGGAAUGGAAUCCCAAAUUCAACUAAUAAAUACAAGGAGGAUCAGAAAGUCAGUUGGCAUGCAACCCCAUUUGAGGAGAGGCUGGAAAAGGCACUGUCUGACGAGAGUCUUAUCUCUCAGAGGAAGCAUGUUAACCAGACACCGAUGGCUCUUGAUGAGACUGAUGAAAGCGAUACAGCUCUGUCUCAGCUGAGGCCUUCCCCACAUUCCAAGUCGGUUGUUUCAUUCUGACGAUCAGCAAUAUCAAUUUUCCAUUGAAUCUCAAUUUCGCAUUUAACGAGCCUAGAUCUAAUUGAGUCCUUUAAAACCAGAAAGAAGGGUCUAAAUCAUGAAAUACAAUGGCAGAUUUGCCUUGAGCCAUUUAAGGAAACUUUUCUUGGGAAUCAUGCUGUUUUAAUAGUCAUGUCAACAGGAUGAGGAUCUGCUUGUUGAAAUGUAUAUCAGUGAUUCAAAUUAUAAAAAGUUGUUUAAAUGUUUUUAAUAUCAUUGUGUAAUACUUGGCACCAUGGUUUUAUACAUCAUUUUCUACCAAAGUUGCAUUACAUUGUCCUUAAAACCGAACUCAAAAUUUUCUAGUCAUACUGCUACCAUUUUAUGGUACUUACUAGAUUA